AAUGAGAUUAUGAUGAAUGCCUUUUAGGUACCACAGGUCAGAGUAAUCAUUUGCAGUGAAAGACAGGCAAUCAACAGAGAGACAGCGACUGUUAACACAGAGGAGAUUGUUUAAGAAAGGACACUUCCACUUGAAGACUGAGCACCUACAAUUUAAAAUACACUGUAAAGUGAAGAUUACAAGAAGCCACCAUGAAGCUGAAGUUGCCAAACCCGAGUUUGGAUGACAGGAUUCCAUCUCACAAAGAACUGGAGAGGAUGGAGACAGAGGAGGCAGGUGACAGACCGCAGUGGGACAACAAAGCCCAGUAUCUGCUCACCUGUGUGGGUUUCUGUGUGGGACUCGGUAACGUCUGGAGGUUCCCGUACCUGUGUCAAAGCCAUGGAGGAGGCGCCUUCAUGAUCCCGUUCCUCAUUCUUCUGGUUCUGGAGGGAAUCCCGCUGCUGCACAUCGAGUUUGCCAUUGGCCAGCGUCUGAGGAAGGGCAGCGUGGGUGUUUGGAGAUCGAUUAAUCCUCACCUGACCGGAGUUGGUAUUGCAUCCAUGUGUGUCUCCGGUUUGGUGGGCAUGUACUACAACACGAUCAUGGCCUGGAUCAUGUGGUAUCUUUUUAACUCCUUUCAAGAUCCUCUGCCCUGGAGCCAAUGUCCUCUAAAUGCUAACGGCACAGGUUUGUUGGCUGAAUGUGCGCAGAGCACCACCGUUGAUUACUUCUGGUACAGAGAGACUUUGAACACCUCAACAUCUAUUGAGGAAUCUGGAGGUCUGCAGUGGUGGAUGGUGCUAUGUCUGGCAGGAGCCUGGACUCUGCUCUAUGUCUGCUGUAUUCGAGGCAUCGAAACAACUGGCAAGGCUGUGUACAUCACCUCCACUCUGCCGUAUGUGGUCCUCACCAUCUUCCUCAUCCGGGGACUCACUCUUAAAGGCUCUUUAGCUGGAAUUAAGUUCCUCUUCACACCUGAUGUAAAUGAGUUAAUGAAUCCUUCAACGUGGUUGGAUGCAGGGGCUCAGGUUUUCUAUUCUUUUUCCUUGGCUUUUGGUGGUCUCAUCUCCUUCUCCAGCUACAACUCUGUUCACAACAACUGUGAGCAGGACGCAGUCCUCAUCUCCAUCAUCAAUGGAUGCACCUCAGUAUACUCUGCAACAGUCAUCUACUCUAUAAUUGGCUUUAGAGCAACAGAAAAAUAUGACGACUGCUACGCAAACAACUUUUUGAAAUUGACGAAUACUUUUGACUUCUCUGAAAACCACAUCACACAAGACAAUUACGACACGAUUCUGGCCCAGCUCAACCAGACAAAUCAAGACAUCAUCUCAGGAUUGGAUCUACAAAGAUGUGACAUGCAAACUUUCCUUAGCGAGGGUGUUGAGGGGACCGGUCUGGCCUUCAUCGUCUUCACAGAAGCCAUCAUCAAGAUGCCUCUUUCCCCUCUCUGGUCUGUUCUCUUCUUCGUCAUGCUCUUCUGUCUUGGCCUGUCAACUAUGUUUGGAAACAUCGAGGGGGUGGUGGUUCCUUUGCAAGAUCUUAAAAUCCUGCCCAAAUCUUGGCCCAAAGAGGUCUUCUGUGGUCUGACCUGUCUAGUUUCUUGUCUUCUUGGAUUCAUAUUUACACAAGGUUCAGGGAGCUAUUGGUUAGCUCUUUUUGACAACUUUGCUGGCUCAAUCCCCCUUCUGGUCAUCGGAUUCUGUGAAAUGUUCGCAGUUGUCUACGUUUACGGUAUAGACAGGUUUAACGAGGACCUCGUGUUUAUGAUUGGCCACAAGCCCAAUAUAUUCUGGCAGGUGACGUGGAGAGUGAUUAGUCCACUCAUUAUGAUCUUCAUUUUGAUUUUCUACUUUGUAACUCAAGUCACCAAGAUUCCCACCUAUUUGGUCUGGGACCCAGAGGCGGAAACAUUUCCCACCCUGCAAGAGCGUUCCUUUCCCUCCUGGAUCAACAUCAUCAUCUUCAUCUUGGCUGGGAUUCCCUGUUUGUCUAUCCCCUUUUUCGCCCUCUAUAAAUUCCUACAAAAGAAGUGCUGCAAGCAGAAGAAUUACAAAGAAGAUCCAGUGGACACGAUUUCUGCAAAAUUACAAAUGAAUGCAAAUGCGAAGGUUUAGAUAGGUUUGACAUAUGACAAGUAUCUGCACUUUUUCUAUUCUGCUUUUUCUCAUUAUCUGUAAUGAUAGAUGUACACGUCAACAAGAAGUGACUUUUAUAAUAAGUUGUUUCCAAUGAAAGUCUUUAAAGUAGGAAAUUAUUAGUUUCCUUCUGUGAGACGUUUGGUGUGUUAGUGUACAUUCUACGCAUUCUAAAAUGCAGUAUGCUCAGUAUGAUAUAAUGAUAAUAUCCCAUGUUUUCCAUCUUUUUUAUCUUUAACAUCAUGUGUCUUUGUGUAAUUAUGGCUUCACAAUAGGAAAGUCACACAAAAGACUGAAACAGCAACAGAUUGACAACUUCUAGGCUGACGGAGCUGAAAUUAAUAUGUUUGAUCAUGGAGUUUGGUGCCAUUUUUUUGGUACCACUUUGUUACCAUAGAAUUUAAAUUAUGUGACAAAUUCUGUGAUAAGUAGCACUGGGAAGGAACUGUUCUUUAGUGGUAAAGAGACUCAGAAUGUCUAAAGUUGUAUUAUUGUACAUAUCAAAAUCAAUGAUUCCUUAUUUGUGAAAUAUUGUAAAUGAUACAGUAUGACAGGUGACAGGCUUUGUGCUAACUCCAUUCUCAGGGUAGAAAUUCAUCUCAAAUGCAGCUCACAAAUGUUAUAAAUUAUACCAAUAUCACACAAGCUGUUGGAGGGCUACAGUACAUGUGUGUUCGGUUGAAGAACAAAAUAAAAAAUUAAAUCUACACAGAUACCACUUUGAGAAACAUAUGGCCAGUUUUAUCACAUAGCAAACAAGUAGAUGAAACAAAUAUUUUCACAUUAGUUCAUGCUGUUCUAGUUCACUUUACCUUAUUACACACCAAUUACACACCAACAAUCAAAGAAUCUGUGCGUUUUACAAAGAAACCUGAUAGAUUUACCAAACUAUCAACACUGAUACCGUGUUCGUUUGCACCUUUGGCACAUUGGCUGACUUGUCACUGACCCAAAAUGCAUGUAUAUGUGGGCUACCAAUUUAUAAUCACCCGUCAAAGCCAAAUAACAAAACUUGAAUAAUAGCUUGAUAGAUAUAAAAGAAAAGUUUUUAAUGUAUAAAUACUGCCAGUUAAGAAAAAUCACAACAUGGUUGAGGUUGAGUCAGUCUUGCCACCUGAUUGCACAAGUUGUAGUCGGAGUUUCAUCGAGAUGAAACCUAUUUCCAAAGAAGAAAUAGAUCUUUAAGUACUGAAACUUUACUGAAUGCAUGUGUGAUAUGUAAAAAGAAUGCUUUUU